AAAAAAAUAUUUUAAUCGAAAAGAAAUUUAAUAAUGAUGUUCAAAUAAUCUAAAAUAAACGCAAAAAAAGUUAUUCAUCUUAUUAUUAAGUCAUCCGAAUAAAAUAAUAAAGUAAAAAUUAUCCCAAUAUAAUUAAUUAAUCCCAGUAAAUAUAUCCAAAGCAGUUAUCUCUAUCCACAACAACUCGUGGCUUUAAUGUAGUAUAGUAGAAUUCUUAAAGUUAAAUUCGAAAAAUAUAGCAAGAAUCAUUCCAAUAAAAUAAAAAAGAAGAAAAUAAUAUAACCAUAUAACUUUCUCAAUAAUUCAAAAAACUAAGACUUUUAAAUAAAUAAUCCUCUAUUAAUGAAAGCCAGGAAGAAAUAAAUGCUACUAUAAAUUUCUCUAAUGAUCUUUUAGAAUUAAAUAAUUUCUUUUAAGUUUCUUCUUAAUUCAACUUUUUAGUUCCUUUGAAUUUUCAAGCUAAAGAAAAUCUCUUUUAAAUCGAAAAAGAAAAUUAAGAAAUUUACGAAAAAGCCUCUAAAUUAAUAAAUAUCUUCCAAAAAAUGUAAGAAAUGGAAAAAUAUGUCCAUACUUAAGGAUAAAAUAAGUCUUUUUUUUUAAAUAAUAUUCCUUUUUAGAAAAUGGAGGAAUUAUAAUUAUCCCCUAUAUUUAGAAAUUAAAAUGAAAAUGAAAAAAACGGUUAAAUCGAAGAAGCUUUAGACGAAAAGAAACAAUUAAAUAUGAGCAAAAUUAAGAAAUAAAUAAAUGAAAAUUUAUAAAAGUCAAAAUAAAUUAUCCUUAAUAUAUUAUAGAAGGACAUUUUCGCUUUGUUAAAGGUUACGAGCAUUGUUUUCGUACUCACGCAAAAGGUCGUUGGUUUAGUAAAUAUAUAUUAGAUGUUUUACAAAUGGAAUUUAAAGCAUACACAAAAGAAUAUUAUUAAAAAGCAAUAGAAAAUGGCAAAAUAUUAGUAAAUGGCUAAAAAGUAGAUAUAGAAUAUAAAUUUAAGUAUAAAAAAGCUUAUUUUUCUUAUAAGUAAAAAAAUAAAAUAGACAUAAUGAUCUAUUCGAACAUUAUACAUUAAGAAUAGAACCUCCAGUUUUGAAUAAACUUCCUAAAAUAAUAUAUGAAGAUGAAAAUUACUUAGUAGUAAGCAAACCUCCAUAUAUGUGUGUACAUGCAAGUGGAGGACAUCUACAUAAUACACUAAUCGAUAUAUUAAAGUAUUAGAUGAAUUACAAGAAUCAAUUAUUUACCUUACACAGAUUAGAUAAAUUAACAUCAGGAAUAUUAAUUUUAGGAAAAAAUAAAGAAAUAUCAAUAAAGUUUUAGGAAGAGAAAAUCAAAAAAAAAUACUAUGCAAGGGUAGAAGGUAACUUUUUUCCUGAAAAAUAAGACUAAGAAGAGAUUAUUUGUGAAAGAAAUAUAGCCUGUCAGAGCCGAAAAGAAGGAAAAUAUCUAUGCUCUGAUAAUAAAGAAGGAAAAUACUCAAAAACAAUAUUCAAAAAAAUAUGGUAUGACUCUAAAACUAAUACAUCUCUUAUAUAAUGCAAUCCUAUAACAGGUCGAACUCAUUAAAUAAGGGUACAUUGUAGUUUUCUAGGGUAUCCAAUAGUCAAUGAUAUUAAUUAUGGAGGUAAAUUUAUAGGAAAUGCGAUUUUGUAAUAAUUAGAAAAUAAUGAAGAAGAAUGUGAAAAAAAAGAGAUUCAGUUUAAAUAACAGGAGCUCUACUUAAUGAAUAUGAAUGGAAUCCGGAAAAAGAAUGUUUGGAGAUUUAUUUACAUUCAGUUUGCUAUUAAGUAGGAAGUCUUGUUUUUAAAGAUUAAUUACCUUAUUGGGCUUCUUAAGAUUAUUAAUGGAAUUGAUUAUUUUAUUUUUUUUUUUCAAGAAUCUUAGUUAAAUCUACAAGGAAUUAUAAUUAUUCGAAAACGCAAUAAAAUGUGCAAAAAAACAUAUUUUUUUAGCCAAAGAAAUAUAAGAUGAUGAACUUUUGGAAGAAGGAUAUUGCAAUUUAGGUUUAAUAUAUAAAGAUUUUGGUUUAAAUUGUAAAGACGAUGAAGAAUAUGAGUAAUAUAUAGACCAAUCAAUCGAUUAAUUAUAGCAAAGCGGAGUAAUAAUAAAAUAAAUGUUAAAUAAAAAUAGAAAUAAAAUUGAAUAUAAAGAAUUAGAAGCAAAAAGUAAAUAUAAUUUAGCAUGU